AUGGUUAUCGGCAAGAAGCUGGUAAAGGAACCCCUGCUGCCCUUCGUGCUAGAAGACAGCUGCACAGAAAUGGAGGACGAGCUGUUUGGAGGGAGCGACCGUGUGGGAGGGAUUGAAUGCAGGCCCCUGAGCCGGCCACGGAAAGAGCACAGCAGGGGUAGUGUUGACCACCAGAUGGUUUUAAGACAUAACGUAAGCGCUCAUUUCUCAUCAACUGGACCACGGAGCCAACAUGCACAUGUAGCAGAGGCUGGAGCUGGCAUGGGGCCAGACAAGGUGGUUCAUGCAGAACUUGACCCGGGGAUGGAUCCAGACAGGGAUGACACUGCUUCAGAUGAGGACUAUGACACAGACCUGGAGCUGGAGGAUGUGCAGAAGUCCUAUGACCCAUCUGGACAGGAGUGCUAUAAGUCUGCUUGUAAAGGCUUUGGGGUAGUCCCAGUGUCCUACUUCCUGCGUCACAUGCAUGCCAGCGAAUUAACCAUGAUGCACCAUGGACUGGGGCCCCAGGGUACCAGAGCGCUGGCAGUUCCCUUGGUAACCAACACCUCCAUUCUGAAGCUGAACCUGAGGGAUAAUUGGAUGGAGGGGACGGGCGGGGUGGCCAUGGCGGAGAUGUUGAGAGAGAACUGUUACAUCACAGACAUUGACCUGUCAGAAAAUCAGCUGGGAGAUGCAGGAGCUGAUGCCAUCUCCAACAUGCUUUUGGAGAACACCGUCCUGGUCUGCUUGUCCCUCUCUGCCAACAACAUUGGCGACAGCGCAAGCAAAAGCCUGGCCAAGGCACUCACCAGCAAUCAGAAGCUACAGGUCCUGGACCUGAGUCUCAACCGACUUGGUAAUAUGGCAGGAAAGCUUCUUGGAAAUGCCAUAGCUGAGAACACAGGAUUGAGAACUUUCAAUCUAAGCUGGAACUGCAUCCGUGGGAAAGGCGCUAUCACACUGGCCAAGGGCCUAGGGGCCAACAUAUUUCUGAGGAUGCUGGACUUGUCGUGCAACGGACUGGCAUUAGAUGGGGCGAUAGCACUGGGAGAGGCCCUCAGAGCAAACAACACUGUGGAGAAGCUCAACAUAAGUAACAAUCGGAUUCCCCCUGAAGGCGCAAUCCGCUUUGCAAUGGGCCUGAAAGUAAACAAAACAAUCAUGACACUCAAUAUGUCUCGGAACCCCAUACAGACAGCUGGGUGUUACGGAGUGCUGAAGGCUCUGCAGAACAAUCCGGAUUCUGCCAUGGAGUCUUUGGAUUUCUCUCACAUCACCGUGGACCAGGAUUUUGUGGAUCUCUACUCCACAGUCAAAGACAUAUUCCCUGUCCUGCAGGUCAAACACGGCGGCAUCACAGGAAAAUAA